AUGAUUGACUCUAUUACCCGCAUGCAGUGUCUCCAGGUCGACUCAGUCCAGCGCUGGAUGGAGGACCUCCGACACAUGACGGAGGUGGAGUGUAUGUGUGUCCUCCAGGCCAAACCCAUUGGGGUGGAGGAGGACGCCCAGCAGGGUGAGCUGAUUGUGGCCUCCGGGGUCGGUGGAGGGGACCACGUGGCCAGGAACAAUCUGCAGACGCUCCUCCGCCGAGCGCUGGUGGUCAGCACGGAGCUCGGUAAGAUGUUCCAGCGACUGGAGAAGGGACGCUGGCAGAGGGUCCACAGCACCGCCGUAAGGGCGAACUGCCACGUGCGUUCACUGGUACACGAGUACAGUGCAGCCCGAAGCACACCACCGGAAAUGCAGAAGUAUGAGAAAUCUCUUCUGGAAAAGUGUAUGGAGCUGACCAAUAUUACAGAGAGGUGCCUUCACACAGAUGAUGAGUUCUUCCUGAAGUCCAUGAGGGAGGCCAUCCACGAGAUCCUUACAGAUGUCAGUGAUUCCUUCAGCAACAUGAUUGACAUGGCUUUAGCCAAUGAGAUCCGGGUCCUGAUUAAACAGAUUGACUCAUCAGACAAUGUUCACACUAUCGGAAGUGCCAUUAGCAACCUGCUGUCACUCACUCAGGAUGGACCUCAGCUCUGCAGCAUCAUUGCCAAGGAAGGAGCUGUGGUAGCCCUGUUUAAGAUCUGCAGGCAGGACCGCUUCAGAGACCUUUAUGCUCACGCUCUGAGAACAGUGGCCUCCAUCUGUUGUGUGGAAGAGGGCAUCAUCCAACUAGACAAGGUGGAUGGGAUCCUGUGCCUGGCAGACAUCUUGACUGAUGAAAACAGCGUGGAAGCAGCCAGGGCCGAGGCUGCGGCAGUCGUGGCUCAGAUCACCUCACCGCACCACACGUCCACACAGCACCUCGCCAGCUUCCUGGAGAGCAUGCACGACAUUGUCACUGCGCUCAUCAAGUUGUGCCAGAGCGCCUCAUGUGGUGAAGUAUUUCUCCUGGCGUCAGCAGCCUUGGCCAAUAUCACCUUCUUUGACAGCAUGGCCUGUGAGAUUCUCCUGCAGCUGAAUGCCAUCCACAUCCUGCUGCAGGCAUGCAAAGACCGCCAGAGAGUGGACACGCCCUACUCCAAAGACCAGGUGGUGACAAUCUUGGCAAACCUGUCAGUCUUAGAGCAGUGUGCUUCUGAAGUCCUGCAAGACCAAGGAAUAGAGCGACUACUGCUGCUGCUGGCAGAAAAGCCAUCCUCCUCUAGUCCAUCAGAGGGCGCCGCCUGCGAGCGUGUCCAGCAGAAAGCUGCUGUCACACUUGCCCGUCUGAGCAGAGACGCUGACGUGGCCCAAACAGCCAUUCAACUAAAAGCUGUUCCUCGUCUUAUUGAACUGUGUCGCUCCCCUACUGAGAGAAAUAACAGUGACUCAGUGCUGGUGGCUUGCUUGGCUGCCUUGAGGAGGCUGGCAGCAGGGUGUCCAGACAGCAUCGAGGCAGCCGACCACCAGCAGCUGAUCAAACCACGGCUAGUCGACUCUUUCCUGCUGUGUUCCAAUAUGGAGGAGAGCUUUGUAUGAUGGCCCGUAUACUGAAGACUGAUGGUGGACAGUUGAACUCGUGUACAAGAUCAUGACGUGUACUGUUUCUUGACACAGAGAGGACUAAUGGGCAGUGUCACUCCAAAACAUUGCAUCUAUUUCCUGACUGGAGCUUUAGUCUGUCACUUCCUGUGUCCUGGGAUGAUUUUUCUGUCCAGAUUUCAUCCUGGACAUCAUUGGGUGAAUGGAGUGAAACUACAAUGUACAUAAAGUAGCGCUCAGUGAUCACAUUAAAUGCAAUGAAUGUGUACUGUGUUCUAGAAAAGGUCAAUUGCUUAUUUUAUUCCACUGGGAAUUUCACAUCAGUAAUACUUUUAUGAGAGUAGGUGCUUCUUUUUGAAAAUGAAAGUAUAACCUGUUCUGAAAUGAAACACUUUAUAUGCUACCACUGUGCAAUUUAUAUGUUCUUGUCUAAAGAUAAUGUAUCCAAAGUAUUUUUGCUGACUGAGAACAGAGAAAGAACUUUCACAAAAGUGUAGAUACUGUUAAAUGCCUCUGACACUAAUGAUCAUCUGAAACAUUUAGCAUUGGUGUACCAAGAUGUGUGUUUAAUUCUUUUCAACUCUUUUAUUGUUGGUCUGUUAAAAAAUAUUUUUUAAUGUUUUCUACCGGCAGCCACUUUAUUUGGAGAAUCAUUUACAACUAAAUUAUUAUAGCUAGAAGAACUAUGACAUGUUUUCAAUUUGUUAUUUGUGUACCAUUAUUGACAGGUCACUAUUAGUAUUUAAAAUGUUUCAUUAAGGCAUAUGGCAACAUGAUAUUUUGUUCUUGGUGCACAAUGUAUUGUUUGUUAAAGCAACAUUAUGUAAGUAUGUAUGUGUUUUUUAUGUGAUUUGGCGCCCCUACCCUUUCAGUGAGAGUGUAAUUCACCACUGUUGUAAAUAAGGACAAGCUAGCCAACAAAGCUAGACACCAACUGACGCAGGAGUACUUACAGUAACACAACUGAUGUCUGAGUGUGUUAUCUAGUAAGUUUGCUAACAUAACUCUAGAUUUAUAGCUAGUGGUUAAACCUCUGUCUGUGAAAUGUGUGGCUGAUUUUGCUUGAGGCGAAAACUUUGCUAACACAGCCAAACAUCAAGCAAACGCAACAACUCAAGACACGGCAAGCCAGCUAAUUAGAUAUAACCUGCUAGUCCAACAGCAAGAAGGCCAACUCAGCAUCUGUCCUGCAUUCUUUCAGCUCUUUUAGCUCACGCCAACGAGUAACAGCCAGUCCGAUAUUUACUCUUGUCCAGUUGCUUGCUCGUCACUGUCUCUUUUUCUUUUCCUUGCUUCCAGCGACAUCGUGUUUGGUCUCUUCGCAGCCUCUGCUAUGAUAUCUAUACAGUUACAGGGAGACAAUGAUAGUGAUGUCACUCACCCUAUUACAAAUCCAUGUAUCAUCAAAAUGAUUUUGAAGUUGUUUUUAAGAUAAAAAUACUACAUAAUGUUGCUUUAAAGUGUAUUGUAUGGCGUGUUGAGUUAUUAUCUUGAACAUACUUGCCAUUAAUCUCAAAUAUCAUAUUUGCCACUGGAAAAUGAG